CAAGAUGGCGAUAGUGAAGGCGUUAGUGUAACACGAACCCGAAGCGAAAAGUGAGCAAGGACUACGCCGGGAGCAUACCAAUGCCAGCACGAUGGCGCAAGUUGUCGUAAGUGGUGCUGCCGCAAAAUAACCUGCCAACGGCAGCAGUCGGUACACGAAACAGCAGCGCAGGAACUUCAACAGGAGCAGGAGCAGCAUCAGGAGCAUCCUCACCAAUAUCACCAGCAGGAAGGACCACACGAGAGCAGCGGGAGCACUAUGGAGGACACUGCAGCGGGACCGGCAAAGAAAAGCGGCACCACGCUCUCCGUGGACCGGGCCGCCUUCCUCCUGCUGCGCGUCAGGAAAGUGUUCAAGAAGAAGCGACAGCAGCGCAAGGAGCGACAGGCCCAGCAGCAGAGUGGCGCCUCCGCGGCAGGAGCUGGCGGUGCGGGCGGCGGUGGUUCUGGAUCCGGAUCCGGCUCACAAUCGCGCACGGGCAGCCGCAAGCUGCCGCCGCCAUUGUUACGGUCGCGCACACUGCCCGCCAUUAUUGUGCCAGGACUUCCGGUCGUCUCGCUGCACACGGACAAACAAACAUUUCAAUUGGAUGAACGUUUGCUGGCCAGCAAGAGCCGCAGCGGCAGUGCCAGUGGCCAUCGUUGGUCGCUCCUCACACGUGCCAGCAACAACAGCAGCAGCAGCAGUGCCACCACCGGCAACAACAAUGCCACCAGUAGCAACAACAAUAACAACAACACACAUUUGGCCAACAACAACAACACGCUGAUGGUGAAAUCAUUGAAUUUGCCAAAAGACGACAGCAAUUUGGUGUACAGGCGCAAAUCCUCUGGAAGCACACCGCACCAGCAUCAUGCCACGCACCACCACCACCACCAUCAUCAUCACCUUCUGCAGCAGCAGCAGCAACAGCAAUUGCAGCAGCAACAUCUGCAACAUCAGCAGCAUUUGCAGCAGCAACACCAACAGCAUCUGCACCAGCUGCAACAUCUGGGCGAUAGCUCACUAUUCCAUCUCUCCGACGACUUUGAGUGCCAUGCGGAUGGUUCCCUGCUGCUCAGGAUACCCGCCCCGCAUGUGGUGGCAGCGCGUGCCUAUCGCCUGGCAGCCCGAAAGCGAGCCGCAGCCUCUUCGGAGGCCACCACUCCUUUGGCCCGGGAACACACACUCCACGAACUACCGCUGGCGGAGGCAUCUAGCUCCGGAUCCAGCUCUGGAUCGAGCACGACCUUCACGCGGCUGGCCAAAUUGCUGCAUCAAUCAAGCGCCUUGGCAGGCAGGUCCAAUCUGCAGCCACCGCCGCCGGGUGACAAUGCGGUCCAGAGUCUGGGACUCGGCCUGGGCCUCGGACUUGGCGAGGAGGCGCCACGUCGUCUGUCCUGGGAGAGGCGUAAGGACAGCAGUGCUCUGCAGCGUUCGGCCAGCAUCGACUCCUUUGCCGAGAUUGUGUUUAGCGACCUGCCCCGUACCUCGCUUGCCGUCACAGCGCCAGGUACCUCCACCUCUGGAUCCGGAGGAGCCCCAUCCCCGUUCAGCAAACGUCCCUCGGCCAGCAGCCUGUACUCCACAUCGACGACAAGCUCCUUUGGCUCACAGGCACAGGCCCAGCUGAAUGUCAAUUACGGUGACUCGGCAGCCGGAUCCGGAACUGGAAGUGGAGCGGGCACGGGUCACCAUGGGAUACCGGGCGGCAAUGGGGCCAGCAGCGCCAGCAGCAGUCGGCGGGAGAGCAUGCUAAGUCCCUCCUCCACGCGACGCUCUAAGCUGACCAGAAUCAUAAACGCUCUGUUCUCGGCUGUGGAGCAUGGACAUCUGGAAAAGGCGCGCACCAUUCUGGAGUCAACCGAUGUGGAUGUGAAUAGCAUCAACAACGAUGGACUAUCCGCCCUUGAUUUGGCCGUUUUAAGCAAUAAUCGCUCCAUGACCAGGAUGCUGCUCCAGCAUGGCGCCAUAGAGGGUUCCCAAUUUUCCGUGGAUACUAUAGGAACGAAGCUAAACGGCCUGCUCAAGGACGCCGAGUCGCGCAUCCAUGAUCUGAGCGGACCAGAAGGCCUCUGCCCACCCAUGUUUGCCUCACGUCCCUCCAUCUCGAGCAUUAUAAUUGGCAAUUCAAGCGCCUCGGUGACCGGCUGCACGGGCAGUGAGGUGGAGAAGCAGAUCGGCAUUUGGGAGCGACGGGUUAAGGCGCUGCGCCGCCUGCAGCUUGGCUGGGAUCAGGCCCGUCCCCCAGAUGCGCCCGCCUCUGUGGUCGUUGAUGUCACCGGCGACAACUCCAUUAGCGUCCAAAUCCUGGAGCCCUUUGAGGGGGCCAUCGGCACGAAAUUCAAAGUACAAUGGUCAACCCGCGCGGACUUCAACAACAUUGUGGGUGAGAGCGAAUUGCUGGAGUGGAUUAGCUUCCACGGCACGAUGGGCGCCCAAUGUCACAUAUCUGGACUCACGCAGGGGCGUCGGUAUUUCCUGCGUGCCGCCUGCGGCAAUGUCAAGGGAUGGGGCGCCUAUAGAACCUCUGUGCCCGCCAGUGUGGUGCCUUCGACCUGGCGAGAUUUGGAUAAUCGGGAGGAUCGUUUUGUGGGCCGCCAUCGAAUCCUGGACAAUCUAUUUACCGCAGUGCGUCUGGCACGACCCGCUGAUGUUUCCGAGUUGACCCUAGAUCCAGCAAGCGGCCAGCGACGCAAUCCCAAAAAGAAAACCACUAUCAAGCAGUUGUUCUCCGUCACCUCCAAGUUCCAAAAAACACUAAGGCGUGGCAUUUACUUCUCUUGCAUUGUCCACUGCGAUGACAAAGUCCUAGUGACCAGCGAGGACUUUCCGCCUGUUAUUGAGGUGGACGAAUCCUAUCCCAGUGCCCUGCAUAUGGACUAUUACUGGCUAAUGAAGGUGGCCUGCACCUGGGACGAUGUGAAGUCACUUCGCUCGGAUAUGGAGCGCAACCUCACCUCCGCCGUUCACUUCCGCACCAAGCUGUUGUCAGCCGUCUGCCAGAUGCAAUCAGCUCUGGGCUUCACCGACUUGGGACAGUUGUAUUUCAAGCCAUUGAAAGAUGCCCAGGGUACUGUGGUGCUGACCUGCGUACAGUCCGUCAAGAGCCAAAAGGCCGUGUCCAUCCUAAAUUCCCGGUGGCUUCCGGUUAGCAAGUUGCAGAAGAAACUCGGUGCCUUGCACGAGGACUAUACCAUCAACGAACUGCUCAUCUCGUCGAUUGGCGAUCAGCUGCAUUACCAGCAAGCCGCUUUACAGCGACUAGAGCCGGGCCUCUAUUUGGGCUACCUAAAGAUGCAGUGCUCCAUGGACCAGAUUCAGGUGGUGGUGCCCGUGAAAACGCCCAAUGUAUUGCCACACUGCAAGGUGCGCGAAAACAGUCACAUUACGGCCGAGGAAUGGCAGGUGCUCCACCGUUGCACCAGCGAUCCCCUUCGCCUGCCGCUGGACUUUAGCUCACCGGGAACAGAUACAGCUUCCGGGGGAGCAGCGACCUCCGAGGUGCAGCGCCUCUUCCUUUACGAUCUCACCAAUGCAAUGCACAAGUUAUUCGCCAGCAUGAACAUCAAGGCCGCGGAUGCGACCACCCACCGCCUGUACGAUGUGGAGGUGAUCGAGCACAGUCCGGAUAUCAGCUUUCUGGUGGUUUGUCCAUCCGCUGAAGCCUCCUGCGCCGUACCCGGCCAAUCGGAGCUGCUGCUCCAGAGGGAUGACCUGGCCAGCCUGAGUAUACAAGCCUUUGAGAUGAUCCACCUGCGUACAUACCAGCCAGCCAUCAUUCAGAAAUACGCCCGACUCUCCUGCAUCCUUGAGUUGGAUACCGCGCUAGCCACACAUGCCCUGCGCGAAGCCUUCUCCAGCAGUGAACUGCAGGCGGCAAAGGAGCGUUUGGCCACGCUGCAGGAGCUCAGCUCUAGUCUGACGAUCGUCUGGAAGAGCGUUCGCUGGCUGAUGGAUGUGGUGGCUUAUGCCAGGAAUAAAAGCGCCCAGCCAUCGCUAGCCAUGCGUGAGAUCCUGGACUUUGCUCAACAGCGGCAGGACGAAUCGGUAUCGGCGACGGCGGCAGGUUCCGCCAACAAACAGUUGCUGCAACUGCCCAUCCGCGAGAGCAAGUUCUCUAAAACGGGCACGGGUCGAGGCAGUUGGCCCGGACCAGGGACCAACGAGGAUCCAACGCAGACCAAACCGGAGCACUCCAAGUCUGAGCAGAAUCUGGGUUUGAGUGCGAUUACACCAGUGGAACCAGCAUCCAACCAAGUUGCCACCCACCAGGAGUCCCAACAACAGCAGCCGCUCCAACAACAGCAGCAGCAACUUCUGCAAGUCUCCACGACCAGCGAAUAUGGUGGAUCCAUUUGCUCGGAGGUAUCGCUAAGGAAGAACAGCGGCGACUCCAUGAGCUCUACCUAUACGGCAAGGAGCUUUUACUCCGCCGUGGACUCUGCCUCUGAUGGGAACAGUACGAGCAGUGUGUUUGCCAUUCCUCCAUCGCGUUCCGAUGACACCCUGGCGGAUGCACUGCGGAACUCACAGGCUUUGGCUGCCCAAAGAAAGCGUACCAGCUCCAACAUAGGAUCGCACGCGGCUCCACUAAUCACAGUGCACAGCUCCAGCUCGGCUCCGUAUCUGGCUGGAUCUAGUGUUUCCUUGAGGAGCGGCAAUGGCGCCUUCGCCACCGACUUGGAGCACAAGCCGCUGAAGCCAGCCGCCAAGGCAGCCUCUAGUGCAAACCUACGCGAAGGUGGACCCUAUCUGAAGAGCACUCUAGCCGAGCUAAGAGCCGUGGGUGGCGAAGAGCCGAUGCCGAGUACCUCCAAGGCUUCCUCCAUGAAGAGUUUGUCGCGACAGAGCAGCGAAGAGGACUCGGCCAGCUGCUCCAGCCUGAAUACUGAGCAGGCACCGGGAAUCAUCCAAGUGUACACCGCCUACAAUACGGGACUGGCCAGUGGAACUAGCCUAAAGCUACAUGUCACCCCUAAGACAACGGCCCGUGAAGUGAUUAAUUUGGUGGUAAAGCAGCUCAACAUGGCGGUGGUGCUAAAGGGAAACAACGGACCCAUCUAUGGACCCGAGGUGCUGGAUAACUUCUGCCUGGUGGCGGUGAUUGGAGCACGAGAGCGUUGCCUGCGGGAUGACUUUAAGCCGCUGCAGCUGCAGAAUCCCUGGAAGAAGGGGCGACUCUACGUCCGCAAGAAGCACGAGCUGCUGGCGGCCAUCGAACACUCCAACCGGAAGUCGCAUUUGAUUUAAACUAUGGAACCUGAUAGAAGAAUAGAAGGACAAACGAGGGACAAAGAAAUCUCUAGAGAAUCGAAACGAAAUGGAAAAGGAAAGAAGCUGAAAUAAUUAUUCACACUCUCUUAGUUAUGUUUGAAAACCUUUGGAGAUUUUUCUGACCGAUAAUCGUCUUGUAAAUUUUGUUGUGUUUCGGUUCGGUUUUUGGGUUACCCAAUUCCCAACUCCUCCCACCCUUAUCCAGGGCAAUGAUCGUUGACCAACAACUCCCAAAUUAGACUGAAUUACUUAUGUAUGCCGGUAUGGCAAACUGAUGAAAUUGUAUUUGAAAUGGUAUUAUAUUUUGAGUAGUUAUACAUUCAACAUUACCCAAACAACAAACACACACACGAAUCAGACUAAGCUAUAAAAGUUGUUCUAGAGUAAAGAGAAGGUUACAUCCGUACAUAAGUAGUAUGUAUGUUAUAUAAAUAUUAUGCGUGCAUCAAUGUAUUUUAUUGUAUGUAUUUGUAGUUUAGUAAACAAAUGUUUUGAUUGUA